UUCACACCAAAACUAUUUUUGCUCCUCAUGUAGGAAACGCUUUCUGAUUUUUGGACCACUUGGACUAGUGUUUUUUUAAUUCUCUCUAAUACAGAGCGUCUCCGUGGACUCCAUCGUGCAGGUAGGCGUGCCGUUGGAUGCGUGGUUGACUCCAGAAGCUGUGCUGAGGAGCGUGGAAUAGUCAGGCGGGAGUAUAGUGGUGGUGGUGCUCAAGAGACCCUCCAUUUAUAAGGAUGCUGGUGGGAAAUGCCUGGAGACAGAGAUGACGAGAUUUGUCAAAAGGCACUUGAACUCCUGUCCGAUCUUUGCUCGAAGGGGGAAGUGCAGAACGAUUACUGCUUGGAUUUUAUCUACUAUUUCCGAGACCUCGCCAGGCCACGCUAUUCGGAUUCAGAUAUAUCGGUGAGUCUGCUGUCACUGGUGGUGACUGCCUGUGGCUUGGCCCUUUUUGGGGUCUCUCUGUUUGUCUCCUGGAAGCUCUGCUGGAUACCAUGGAGGGAGCGUGUGCUCUCUCCCACCACCAAGGAGGCCCAUGGGCACAUCAACCCCACCAUGAGCCCAAUACCCUCCCAGCUCGCUCCAAGGCAUCCAGUUUACUCUGCUGUGGACCCCCCUCCACACAACCGCCGUGAGUCGUCUAUCUGCCCCAUCGUCAGAGAGCCUACUCCUGUGGCGUCAGUGGUAUCAGUGGAGGCUCCAGUGACUCCCGUAUCCCCACCACCUGUGGUCAUUGCCACACCAGAGGCAGCUAUGAAGAUCAGUCACACAUCUCCAGACAUCCCACUGGACGCCGAGAAUAAAAGCCGGCAAAAUGGGGUUCACACCAACCCUCGUAUGCAGAGACAGAUAACUGAACCCCCGCCCACUGGUCCCCUCAUGUCUGAAAUUGGACAAGGGACCAUUCGCCGGCAUAUGAACCUAUCCAACCCAGACUUCAAUGUGGCCCAGUUCCAAAGGCAGGACUCCAUCACUGGAAUGGGGCUGGGCCUCGGUCGCCUCAAACCUGAGCUCUACAAACAGCGCUCCCUGGAAGGAGACGAAGGCAGUCGCAGAGGCGGGGGCUGUGGACGCCUCUGCUUUAUCCUCAAAUUUGACUGCGACCUGGAACAGUUAAUAGUUAAGAUCCACAAAGCAGAGGACCUCCCAGCCAAGGACUUCUCUGGAACCUCUGACCCUUACGUUAAGAUCUACCUGCUCCCCGACCGUCAGACCAAGCACCAGACCAAGGUUCACCGCAAGACCCUCAACCCCGUGUUUGAUGAGGUCUUCCUGUUCCCCGUGGAAUACUCUGAGCUUCCUGAACGUAAGCUGCACUUCAGUGUCUAUGAUUUCGACCGUUUUUCACGCCAUGACAUUAUUGGCCAAGUGGUCGUGGACAACUUCCUGGAUCUGGAAGAUUUUCCCAGGGAGACGAAACUCUGUCGGGAGAUCCAGUACGUCUCAACGGAUAAUGUGGACCUCGGGGAUCUGAUGUUUUCGCUCUGUUACUUGCCCACGGCGGGGAGAUUGACCAUUACCAUGAUAAAGGCUCGCAAUCUGAAAGCCAUGGAUAUCACUGGUGCAUCUGAUCCAUACGUGAAGGUUUCCCUAAUGUGUGAAGGUCGCAGACUGAAGAAGAGGAAGACUUCGACAAAGAGGAACACUUUGAAUCCAGUCUAUAAUGAGGCCAUUGUCUUCGAUGUCCCUCCAGAAAAUAUAGAGCAGAUCAGCCUUUCGAUUGCAGUCAUGGACUAUGACCGUGUUGGCCAUAAUGAGGUCAUUGGGAUUUGUCGAGUUGGCAACGAUGCAGACAACCUCGGUCGAGCCCACUGGAGCGAAAUGCUCACAUGUCCCCGAAAACCAGUCGCCCACUGGCACCCCAUUGUUGAGUACCAGGGGACCACAGGUAGCCAGGGAGGAUCCUGUAAUUCUCUUAAGACACCUCCCUCUCUGUAGCCUUGAGCAACACUGAAGCAACACUUCACACAAGAGCACCAAUUAACCCGAAGCCUCGUCUGUAUACGUUGGGACAGGAGUGCCGCAGAGUGCUGCACACAUAUAGUCCUAAAAGAAGAAUGCAGACAUUGAUAAGCUCCUGUGGAAAAGAGAGACACAAACUGUCUUGAGCUCUGCUCAGUUGGACCAGUUGCAUGUUGAAUGACCGCACAGAUGGAUGUUUUUUUAUUUAUCUAUAAUGUUCCAUAAGAGAAAAAACAGGCAUGUACAGACAUUUUAGGUCUGUGCUAUUUCUGGGUUUAUACAGUAGUUACUGUUUUUUACAUGGUCGUGUUACUUGUUUUAAUGAGGUGAGUCUUGCACAAUGUACUUACAACCAGUUGAACUGCCAUAUAGUUUUAUUAAUUCGGUGGUGAAUUGGUGCAUGAGGUCAUGGUUUGGUGGGAUAUCUUCUCCUCGUUUGUUUGUUUCUGUUUCUAUUUUUGGGAAUACGAUGUGAUGUUCUGUCGGUUGAUGUGCAGUGAUGGUUGAUUUCUAGACAAAGUAUCUGUAAGGAAAAUAUGUUAAAUGUUAUCAAUAAAUAUUAUUCCAUUACAAAAAAAACAUUGUUGAUCUCUGCCAGUUCAGUUUUUAUGAAAUUAAAACACUGUAGACCGACAUGGUGAAGAACUAGAAAAUCUGUAAGACAAUAAAAUAUGAAAAUGUAAAUCUGACAAGAGUUUGAUUUAUAUUGUAAAAGCUGUUAUUUAUUUUGUAACAUGUCAACUCUAUAACUGUUGAAAAUUAAAAUGAUCAUAAGUGCAAUCCAUCAAAA